UUGAUAUCAUACGAAUGUUUGUAUUUAAAAAUUACUCUUUCUGAUUUUUCAUUUUUAAUAAAUUUGAAUCCCCUGUUGCGUAAAAUUGCAAUGCAGAGUGUUAUUAAUUCUGUAAAAGGCACUGCGCUUGGUGUUGCCGAAUACUUAACCCCUGUACUAAAGGAAAGUAAAUUUCGAGAAACUGGAGUAUUAACACCGGAGGAGUUUGUGGCAGCAGGUGACCAUUUGGUACAUCAUUGUCCAACAUGGCAAUGGGCUACUGGUGAUGAAGAUAGAGUAAAAUCAUAUCUUCCUAAAAAUAAACAAUAUUUGCUGACACGUAAUGUACCUUGUACUCGCAGAUGCAAACAGAUUGAAUACAUUAAAGAACAAGAGUGUAUCAUAGAAGCUGAUGAUCCUGAAGGAGGUUGGGUAGACACACAUCAUUAUGACACUAGUCUUGAUGGAAUUGAAGAAAGAGUAACAGAAAUGACAUUAGAAGAAACACAACUUUCUCAGUCAAUUAGCACAGAGGAAAAUAAUGGAGAUGAUAAUGAUGAUGAUGACGACGAUAAUGAAGAUGCUGCAGACAUGGAAGCUUUUGAAGUCAGUGGGAUGUUAGAUGAACAGGAUAAGGUAUUUUUACAUAUUAUUUACCAAAUAAAGUUGAAUAGUAAUUUUCCAUAAACAUCAUGUUAUAAUUUAUAUAUAUGUAUAAUAUAUAAUAUCUUAUACCAAUUUUUUAUUUUAAUAUUAUUUUUUUCAUAAAAGAAUCGUAAGCCUUUGACAGUAGAAGAAAUGUAUGAGGAUGUUAGUCAGGAUCAUGCCAAAAAGACUGUUACAAUGGAAGUCCAUCCUCAUAUACCUGGACCAUUAAUGGCUUCAGUUCAUCCUUGCAGACAUGCUGAAGUAAUGAAGAAGAUUAUUGAAACUGUAAUGGAAGGUGGUCGUGAGCUUGGAGUACAUAUGUAUUUGAUAAUAUUCCUCAAAUUUGUGCAAUCUGUAAUUCCUACAAUCGAAUAUGAUUACACACAAAACUUUAUGCUGAAUGCCUCUGGUUAG